ACAUUUCAGUGAUCCAAGUCUAUAUGAUGUGUUUAUUCCACGAACACACCUUUGCAUUUGACAACUCUCAGAUUGGGUUUGUUUGUCCCGAGGCAAUGUCAAGCUCUAGAAUCAAGGCCAACCCUCAGGCUGCAUCAAUGUAUUUGAAAGUAGUUUUCAAUGCUGAAAUUGAAAAGGAGAAGAAGGGUGAUCCUAACAUUACCAAGUGGUUUUUGAUCCCAUACCAUCAAGAGGCAUACCAAGUGUACAAGUUUAAUGAUGGGAUUUGUCCGAAUAGAGCGACUAUGCAGGGGUUGAAAGGCUUCCAUGUAAAGUGUGCUCAACAAGUCGGCGCCCGCGAGUGUGGCUAUUACGUUAUGAAGUUCAUGCAUGAAAUAGUCACGUUACACCAUAACACUGAUGAGCGGCUUACACUCCAAGAAAUGCGCCUUAUACCGAUGAGGAAAUAGAUGUGGUUCGUGAGCAAUGGGCUAAGUUUUUUACAACCGAGUAUUUAUUUACUUAGGUUGUUUAGACACAAAGAUGGAAGCGUUUAUAUCUUCAUGGAUUUGGUAAAGUUCUUUAAUUUUUCCAUAAUUACAAGUCUGCUGGAUUUGCUAAUUUAUUGCUUUGAAUACUAAUCUGCUGGUCUUGCUGCUGCUGCAUGUGAAUUCUGAUCUGGUGGUCUUUAGAAUUUCACUUCCAUCUGUGUGUUUCUCCUCUGUUUGCUUC